AUGUUACUUUUGCUGACUUUUCUGUUAGUGACUCUGGAUUGUAAUGCGUUGGCGUCUAAAAGUGACCAUAAUAACUGCAAGAGUGAAGAAAAAACGGUAAUAUGUAGUGUCCGUGUUCUUGAAUCUAAUGGAUCGAGCUUAGUCGUGGCGUCGACUGAGUAUACCCGGCGGUUGUUCGUCGAAUGUAAUCAGCUGCUGUUGUUUGAGAGCCGCCUAGAAGCGAAUUAUUUCCAGAGGUUUUCGAACCUUGAAGAUCUCUCACUGCAGAACUGCAAGCUCCUGAGAGUACCAGGUAAUGCGUUCGAAGGAUUGCGUGAUCUUAAGAAGUUGUCGAUUCGCACUAGAAAUCACGAUUGGAGCUCAAACAAAAAUUUGGAAUUGUCCUUGGGAACGUUCAAUGGAUUGAAAGAACUGCAAAUUCUCGAUUUAGGUGAAAAUAACCUAAAAGUGAUACCAUCAGAUGUGUUCUGCCCAUUGGGAAACUUGCAGAAAUUAAAUCUAACACACAAUAAAUUGAAAAAUAUAGAUCGUAUUGGGUUAGGGAAAAAUUGUGGACUGGAUAUUUUGAGUUUGGAUGUGAGCAACAAUGAAUUAAAAACUUUAAACGAAGACUCUGAGAUAACAACUCUUCGGCGACUUCAAGAGCUAAAACUUCAACAUAACAACAUAAGUGAUAUCUCUAGUGAAAUAUUUAAUGGACUCAUAUCUCUAAGGAUUUUAAAUAUUUCGCACAAUUAUCUACAGUUUAUUCCUGAAGGUACCUUUGCUAACACAAAAGAGCUAAGAGAGAUAUAUUUAAAUAAUAAUCAAUUAUUUGAGCUAGGUAGAGGUGUGUUUCACCGUUUAGAGCAACUGUUCGUUUUAGAUUUGUCAAAUAAUCAACUGUCGAGCGCACAUAUCGACGGCAGUACUUUUGUAGGCCUCAUCCGCUUAAUUAUUUUAAAUUUAUCAAAUAACGCCUUAACGAGAAUAGAUAAUAAAACCUUUAGGGAUUUGUUUGUACUUCAAAUAUUAGAUUUAAGAAAUAACUCAAUCGGUUAUAUUGAGGAGAAUACUUUCCUCCCCUUGUAUAAUUUGCAUACUUUAAUCUUAGCGGAGAAUCGCUUACACACCAUCGACGAAUUGCUUUUCAACGGACUGUUCGUUUUGAGUAAAUUAAACUUGAAUAAUAAUUUAUUAGUAAGUAUCGAUCCGAAAGCUUUCAAAAAUUGUUCCGACUUAAAAGAAUUAGAUUUAAGCUCCAAUCAAUUAGUCGAAGUUCCUAAAGCCAUUUGGGAAUUAUCCCUUUUAAAAACUUUAGAUCUCGGAGAAAAUUUAAUCACCGAUAUUAAAAAUGGGUCUUUUAAAAAUUUAGAUCAACUGACCGGUUUGAGAUUAAUUGAGAAUCAAAUUGGAAACUUGACAAUAGGCAUGUUCUGGGAGUUGCCCAGUCUACAAGUAUUGAAUUUGGCAAAAAAUAAAGUACAGGCGAUCGAAAGAGGAAGCUUCGAACGAAAUAAACAGUUGGAAGCAAUAAGAUUAGAUAGAAAUUUCAUUGUAGACAUUAACGGGGUUUUUUCAUCCAUACUCAGUUUAUUGUGGUUGAAUUUGUCAGAGAACCACUUAGUGUGGUUUGAUUAUGCGUUUGUUCCCGCUAAUCUUAAGUGGCUGGACGUGCACGGUAAUUACAUAGAGCAUUUGGGAAACUAUUAUAAGCUCCGCGAUGAGUUAAAGAUAACAACUUUAGACGUUAGCCGGAAUCAUAUCGUAGAAAUAUCUCCAUUAGUAAUACCAAAUAGCGUUGAAGUAUUAUUCAUUAACAAUAACCGGAUAACUAGCGUUCAAAUUAAUACGUUUAUGGAGAAGCGUAAUCUGACGAGGGUCGAUAUGUAUCAAAAUUUAAUAACGCACUUAGACCUAAAUAGCCUUCGUUUAUAUCCUGUACCGUUAAACAAGUCAUUACCUGAAUUCUAUAUAGGAGGAAAUCCGAUCGAUUGUGACUGCUCCAUGGAAUGGCUGCCUUUGAUAAAUAAUAUGACAUCUACGAGACAGUACCCCAGAAUAAUGGAUCUUGAAAAUGUUUUAUGCAAAAUGACACAUACUAGAAGCGUGACUCAUGUGACUCUAAGUAAUUUAAAAGCGACCGACUUUUUGUGUACAUAUGAAACCCAUUGCUUUACGCUUUGCCAUUGUUGCGACUAUGUAGCUUGCGAUUGUCAAAUGACAUGCCCUUAUAAUUGUUCGUGUUACCAUGACCCCACAUGGCACACAAACGUAGUAGAUUGUUCAAGCCAACGUGCUGUUGAUAUUCCGGAGAAAAUACCUAUGGACGCGACAGAAGUUUAUUUAGACGGUAACAAGUUUAAAGAAUUACAAAAUUACGCGUUCAUAGGUAGAAAGAAUAUGCGAUCUCUUUAUGUUAAUUCUAGCGAAGUGGAGAGUAUACAGAAUAGAACAUUCGCCGGUUUAUCAUCCCUCGUCGUACUCAGUCUUGCUAACAAUAAACUUACGCAUCUUUACGGGUACGAAUUUGAAUAUUUAUCACAACUCCAAGAGCUUUACUUGCAAAACAAUUUCCUAAGCUACGUUAGCAACACGACAUUCUCUACGCUUUACUCUCUCAAACAUCUAAGACUAGACGGUAAUAAAUUGGUCGAUUUUUCACUUUGGAGUUUAAGUUUGAAUAAAAAUCUUCACAGUUUAGCAAUAAGUAAUAACAUGUGGUCCUGUAAGUGUAGAUACUUACAACGAUUCACGUCAUAUCUAUCGGAGAACGUUCCUAAAGUUGUGGAUAUUUCUGAUCUUUGGUGCUGGAACUCGGACAGUUCUACGCCACAAAAGAAGGAUCUUAACCUAAACGGUACAAUAUGCAGCGAUUACUAUUCGGGGGACUCCGUCGAUAACGUACUAGUCUCGAAUUACGUGCCGAUGCUCGUAACGGCGUUCUCCGGAUUCAUGUUAAUAAUACUGGUCACCCUCCUGAUAUUCUUAUUCCGAGACACGAUACGUAUAUGGCUCUAUUCAAAUUGUGGAAUAAGAUUGUUCCCAUUCAACGGUGCGUACGACGACACAGACAAAUUAUACGACGCGUAUGUGUGUUACAGCCCGAAGGACGACGAUUUUGUGAUUCAAACUUUGGCGCCAGAAUUAGAGAACGGAAAUCCGUCGUAUCAUCUAUGCUUACAUUACAGAGAUGUACCACAGCACGGUACAACGUACAUGCAGUGUACUUUACCGCUCCCCGAGGCGGCCGAAGCCUCUAAGCGCAUUAUUCUCGUGCUAACUAGGAACUUCAUUCAGACUGAAUGGUCUCGAUUCGAGUUUAGGCAAGCCUUACAUGAUAUACUCAAAACUAGAAUCUAUAGUUUAAUUAUAAUAGAGGAAAGCUCAGUUUUAACCGAAGCGGAGUGCGAUCCCGAUUUGAGACCCUAUUUGAAAACGAGUUCAAGAAUACGAUGGGGGCAAAAUAAGUUCUGGGAGAAGGUGAAAUACGCGCUACCGGAUCGCAAUUUUAUACCUAAGACAUCUAGCUUAAGGCGUAAUAAUGUAAAUUCGUUUAAUAUGCGCGCUGGCGUGCAGAACGGUACAAUGCGAUCGUUUUCUUUUGAUAAAAUGAGGGUUUCUGCCGAUGGUGUAAGCGCUUCUCCGGAGUAUGUUGAAAAUAGAUCACAGUAUAUCCAAAGCGCGUACGGUCCAGAUGGUAGACCGCCCUCUGAUCAUAUCUACUCCUCUAUCGACUCUGACUAUUCCUCUCUGGAGUUAGGCGGAACUAAUGUAAAUAGGAGAAGAGAUUUUAGGCACUGGCCUCCUCCCCCUCCCAUAAUAGACACGCAGCAUUCGGGCCAGGCUUACCUCGUCUAG